CUGGGUGCUGUGAAGGUUUGGUCAGGGUGCUGUGAAGGUUUGGUCAGGGUGCUGUGAAGGUUUGGUCUGAGUGUUGUCUUCCUGGUCCUCACUUCCAGCCCCAGAGCUGAAGCAUGGCAGUAAAAGUCAUUCGUCUGUGGUCCUCCACUGGGCGGGGCCGACCCACCCUAAUGUUACCUACUACAUACAGAGUCGGAUCACAGACUUCAACAGUGACUGGGAGAUUUACAACCAAUCAUCUCUACAACCUGGAGGUGACAUCAGUAUUACUGGCCUCCAUCCUUACCUCACAUACCAAUUCAAAAUUUUACUUGUGAUUACUCCAGCUCACAUGAAAGCUACCCCAGAGUCUGAGAAAAUCACAACAAGUCCAUUUGGAGCUCCUUCUUCACCCCCGUAUAUCCUGGAUGUGUCAGCGCCGACCCCCUCUGUCAUCACCAUCUCAUGGAAACCACCCAUCUUUACCAAUGGUCCAAUUCUUGGCUACCGUUUGAAUCUUGAUCCUGUGAACCAUCCUAGCCUGCAUCAGGUGAAUCGUGAGGUACCUGGCAACAUGACGUCAUGGACGCUACAGCAGUUGCAGUCAUCACAGUUGUAUUACAUCACUGUAUCCGCAUGGAACAGUGACGGGGAGGGGCCUGCCGACUCGGCCAAUAUCACCACACCAAACGCUGGCAACCUGACAGAGGAUCGAAUGCCCUACCUGAUACUGGGGGAGGACAAUAUAGUCCUCAAACAGAACAUGGAGGAGUGGCUAUACUCCAAACCACACCAACUUCAUACCGAGUCAGACAGUAUGUUCCUCUCAGGGACCCAGGCUUUGUUUAAUGCCUCGGGGGACAUAAAAGGAAUCGGUGUACACAUCGCCCGUGAGGCCCUAGUGGUCAGUGUCCAUAGCGAUACCAUCAAACAGGUCCACUACGUUCACAUCACUGAACCAGAGAAGCUGAGGCGUGACAUCUACCCAACCUUAACCAACCCCACAGCUAUCUCGGUGGACUGGCUCACUGACCUUGUCUACAUUGUCAAUGACCUUCGGAUCUACCAGUGCGAGAUUGAUGCCGAUUCCUGUGACAUGGUUGCAGCAGGGCCUCUGUCUACCACUGCUACAGACCUGGAAAUGGAUCCUUUAAAUGGGUUUUUGUACUUUACUCAAAGUGGCGACAAAGCAGGCCUUUACAGAAUUGAUACUGGUGAUAUCAGGAGCAUGGGCCGUUUCUUUUCUAUGCCAGCUAAACCCAAACUAGUGAUAUAUUGUGAGCUGAAGGCAUUCUUCAUAGACCAUGGUAACAUGCAGCUGUAUUUUCCCAACGACUCUCAGAACACCAUGCUCACCUCAUUCUUGGAUGGCAGUGGUCUGGUGGACUUGCGUAAGGGCAAGGUUGUACGGCCAAACUACCACAACAUAACCAGCAUGGUUUUUUAUAAUGGCACAUUCUGGUGGACCAAUGGUAUCAAUGUGAUGAAGGAGGAUUAUGAUGUCAACAGGGACAUGUUCUACCUCAACUUCCUGCCCUUCUUCACUCAUCACUACACCUCCUUCAACCUGUACCUGCCUACCUCCCAGCCACCACCAGCGCCACACAGCCCACCAGAGAAUCUUCAAGCCCUGUUCACCUCUACUAGGGUCAAGGUCAAGUGGUCGGAACCCCAGAAGUUAUCAUACCAAGGUCGAGGGGCAUGGGCACGCUGGCAGUAUGAAGUCAGCAUUAUGAUGAAGGAGACCCGUGAGGAGACCAUCCUUCGCGGCAUCGAUGAGCAGACACUGGAGCAGGUGGACAUGGUACCGGACAAAAUGUACAUCAUCAAGGCCAGGGCCUGCUGUAAGCUUGGCUGCGGGCCAUGGUCCAGCGAAUUUAUUGGCCGUACCCUGCCUGUAGCUGCAUCUGAUGCCACCUUGCUGUUUUCCUGGUGGCUGCGCAUAUCAAACAGGUUGAUAGAGGUAGACAUGUACGGCAAAAGAGUCAAGAUGGCUACAAUUGCUUCUACUGCAAAAUUUAAAGAUUUUGCAUGGAGCAGUACAGAUAUCUACUGGACCGCAGACGACGGGAAUGUUUAUGCGUGUGACCGUGCCACUCUGGGCUCCUUUAGUAAGGUCGCUUUUGCAGGCAAAUCCGUCUCUGCAAUCACGUAUGACUGGCUUGGCCGUAAACUCUACUGGUCUGUCUCAAACCUUGGGGUGAUCCGGCGUUCCUCUGUAGAUGGUGGAUCUGUGGAGUUUGUAACACAGGGGACAGCCCACCACAUGGCUGUGGACUCCCUAGGGGGCAGACUCUACUGGACCACCACCAACACUCUCGAGUCUGCUGCCCUUAAUGGAGAUGACCACUUCCUCCACUUCUCUAUUCCAUUCUUCUCCGGUAAACAUGUGAUCAGCUUGACCUUGAACCUAGACAUGGGCAAAGUGCUUUGGUACGUACGAGGUUACAGGAAGCAAGAGAUGUACAUGACUGACCUUGUCCAUAACGGUGAGGAACACGACCCAACACAACCCUACAGCUUCAUUGGCAGCUUCACAAAUAUCUCUGAGAUGUCAGUACUGCACUACUACUCACACCGAAUAUUUUGGAAGAAUUACAACAACAAGAUGGUGGUUGGAGAUAUGGAAUGUAACCACACUUCUGAUGUUUCAAGUUACAGUGUGAAUGGUUUUACUGUGUUACAUCACUCCCUACAGCCAUACCCAGUUGGUGAGAAUGAAACGACAUUGAUCAUCGUACCAGAGGCUGUUCCUACGGAGAGCAUACAGUGUCAAGGUCACUGGGCAGAGUUCAAUCUCACAUGGAGUCCAGCAUCCGUCACAUAUGGCAACGUCUUUUACGAAGUGUCUAUUGAAGUACCAGAAAGCUCGAACAAGAAAAUGCUGUUUCAGAAAAUGGAAGACACUUGGUACAAGAUGUCCAAUCUGCCCCCUUAUAGUGAGAUCAUCAUUUCUCUACGAGCGUACACCUAUUGGGGCAAUGGACCCAUCACCACAGUAACUGUACACUCCCCCAUGUCAGUACCCGGAAAACCUCUACAGCCACGUGUGUACGUAACUCCAUACAAGGAUGCACUAACUUCCCAUCAUGCAUUGGCCGCAGACUUUCGCUGGAUGAAGCCAAACAUCACUAAUGGUCCAAUCAGCCAUUACAACAUCUCUCAUUGGUCUUUGAGUGUUGGAAAUGGUCAGGUGUUUGUAGUGACAGGUCCAGCCACCGCUCGGCACUUCAUCCUCGACCAUCUCCGUCCCAACGCCUCAUACUCCUUCCAGGUGUGUGCCUGUACAGCUGUUGGUUGUGGUGAGAAGUCGGAUAUCGUUGUUGCCCAACAAGAUGUUGUGCGACCUGUUCCUAAACUGUUGGUGGCCACUGCUACUUCAAUCAAGAUGGCUGAGAUAGACAGUUCAGUUAACCUCACUGUUGCCAUAGAAACAAGUGUUCCAUCUCUGGCUGUCACCUACCAAGCCCAGAAUAACAGGAAGUUCUGGAUUUCAGAGGACGGAAUGUUGAUGGAAUCUGUUAACAACGACAUACACCCUUUGAUGAAGCUGAACCGUUCGGGGGUGGACCUGUCGCUAGACUGGAUCAGCCAGACUCUGUACACUGCCGAGGUUGACCACACCCGAGGUAUCAGCUCCCUAGGAGCCUACAAGCUGGACCAGGGCCAGUAUGUCAGCCUCCAGGACCGACCCCAGGCCAUUGGAGCCGUUGUAGCUGACCCCUACACAAGCAAUGUGAUCUGGACCGAGGAGGGAUUGAACAGAAAUCAGUACACAGUAUACAAAAUGAACUCUAACCAUGACAUUGUGGCUGUGUUUUCUACAAUGCGUCGACGGUUGCGACGAGAGGUUACCUCCCUUCCCUGCACAUGCCCUAUGACAGUCACAACGAGUAGGUCACUGGCUGUAGACCACUCCAGUAACAACAAGAUGGAGAUGAUUCUGUACCACCUGAGUGACAAGGCCCUCAUUGCAGCGGACAUAGACGGUUGUCACUGUAGGACAAUACUUCCUGGCACCAGUGUUUCAGACUCUGCUCCGGACCUGCUGUCUGUUGAUCACCUCUACAUCUACUGGUACAACAAGGCCGCUGGUCAGCUAUAUACUAUAGACAAGGCCACCAAUGUGGUGACCCCUCAUGCCAUGCCUGGAGUGAAUGACCUCCUUGCCUAUGGUUCACAACUCCAGCCUCUACCGGGUCUGGACUGUCUUGAUCCUGGACCAUACAAUGGCAGUAUUGUGAUGGUACGUCACACAAAUUCUUCCCUAUCAAUCCUCCUGGAGGAGGUGGGCUGGCCAGCCGAGUGUGACACAAUCUCUCACCCGAACACCAGGUACACAGUCUUCUUCAGACAGGGCUCCCAUGGAGACAGGUGUGGGGUCGAUGGCCACGACUGCGGAUCACAGACAUCCUACGAUCGCCCGAUUACAAUACCAGGCCUGGAGCCAUACAUGGAGUAUGUGGUACAUGGAGCAGUUAGCAACUACUACACUGAAAACCUGGAUAAGGUCCUUAGUGAGCCACAGGUCUACCGCACCAAGGUGGGAGUGCCAUCACCUGCUACAUCAGUCAUCCUUAAAGUUUUGACCUUUGACCAGAUGAGUGUGCGAUGGUCACCACCACUUCACAGCAAUGGCCCCCUACAGGAGAUCACAUACAAGGUCAAAUGGACAGUGGUGACCAAGGGACAGACCCAGGAGAUGGAGAUGACCCCUGCAAUAGAACUUCCAACAAGUAUAACAAGAGUCCCUAUCCACAAUGUCACCCUCACCAACCUGCUUCCUAACCACGAGUACAAGGUCAAGAUCCUGGCCUCUAACAAGGAGCGAUUGGUGUUUAGUGAGACAGCUGAAGUAAAGGCCAAGACUUUCGAGAGACUCAAUGACAUUGAACUGGUGGAAAGGUCAGAAGAUACGCUCAACGUAUCAUGGGACAUUCCUGGGGACCAAAGUGUGUACACUGGCACCUUCCUCUACUACCGGAUAGAGGAGGGGGAGGGGUUAGCAGUGAAGAUGGGCCAGACUGUGUUGCCUUUCAGGGCAAAGAACCGCACCCAUUACAACUACACUAUCAGCCACCUCCAGCCCUACACUCAGUAUAGUGUCAGACUCAGGCUCGCCCUCAGGAGUCUAAUGAGUAUGGAAUGGCCUAAGGAUGACCGCUUUGUUUUCAGAACUAAAGCCUCUACGCCUCUAGAGCCCCUUCCUCCAGAGGUACAGAAGCUCAAGUCUCAAGUGUAUGUAGUGGUAUGGCAGGAACCGCAGGUUAACGGUGAGAGUAUAUCUCACUAUAUCCUACAGUACAGGCAGACAGACAGCGACACCUGGGACCAGGCCUAUAAUGGCUCGGAGCUUCGUUGGGUGGUAGACAAAGAGGUCACACCACCUGGACAUGACUAUGUCUUCAGGGUCAAGGCCACCAAUGAAAUUGGAUGGGGACCUCCAAGUAAUUCCAGUCUGACCUUCACCUACAUAGAGGCCCUUGUGCAGAUGGACAACUCAAUCAUCUUGGCUAUCGGCUUGCCAGUUGGCCUCAUUCUCAUCGGUAUUGUCAUUCUGGUGGCCUACUGCUAUGUGCGAUGGAAGAGACAGGACCUCCAAAAGAAGCGUCCCCAAUUUAUUGCGGUGGCGCGUGGUCCUGAUGUAGAACUAGCGACACUGCGGGAGCUACCACACACAGCUUACCAACAGAGUAACACUUUGUAUGCCAUCAGUGACAUUGCCUCCUUGCCUCACUUCCGACGAGAUCAGUUGAUGCUGACAAAGUUUCUUGGCAGUGGAGCCUUUGGAGAAGUGUUCGAGGGGUUGGCCAAAAACAUUCUCAGCGACACGUCUGGUGAAACUAAGGUGGCAGUCAAGACUUUAAGGAAGAGUGCAUCCGAUCAUGAAAAGGAAGAGUUCCUAAAGGAAGCAGUCCUCAUGAGCAACUUUAAACAUGAGCAUAUCCUCAGUCUGCUCGGUGUGUGUCUCGACAACGACCCAGAGUUCAUCAUCUUGGAGCUGAUGGAGGGUGGUGACCUCCUAUCCUUCCUCCGUGCUUGUCGACCCUCAACGACCAACGCUGCAUUCCUGUGUAUCACAGACCUGGUAAAAAUCUGCGUCCAUGUGGCCCGAGGAUGUAAAUAUCUGGAGGAGAUGCACUUUGUCCACAGGGACCUGGCAGCCAGAAAUUGUCUUGUAUCCAGUAAAACACCAGCAGACAUGGUGGUGAAGAUUGGUGACUUUGGUCUAGCCAGAGAUAUCUACAAAAAUGAUUACUACAGAAAGGAAGGGGAGGGUCUGCUCCCUGUGCGAUGGAUGUCCCCGGAGGCACUGGUGGAUGGGGUGUUCACCACACAGUCCGACAUCUGGGCAUUUGGCAUUCUGAUUUGGGAGGUGAUGACCUUUGGACGACAGCCAUAUCCAGCCAGAACCAACAUUGAGGUCCUUCAUUAUGUACGAUCCGGCGGUCAGCUAGAGCAGCCCGAGGGCUGUCCCGAGGAGCUCUUCCAGAUGAUGCGGACUUGUUGGGUGGAGGCCGAGGACCGUCCUUCAUUUUCUGCCGUUCUCCAACAGCUUGAGGAUUUCCACGAAAAGUGUGUGUCGCUGUUUGCUGACUAUAUUGUCCCUAUCCGCUCUCGAACAUUCAACCCUGAUGCGGGUGGCUCAACUUGUCAUCGUCAGCCAAGAGAGAGAAAAACGAGACGGAGGACCUUAUCUCAUGGACAUGACCCUGAUUACAAGGGAGAUGGUGAAGUGCUAUAUAAAAAGAUUCAACAUGCUACAUCCUUUGAUAGUCCGGAGCCUCGUGAUGAGAUGGACUUAGAACUGACUUAUCGACAGAUAGCUAUGCAGAACAGCGCAUGCACAGACUAUCUCAUUCCCCACACCCAGGGCACACCUAAGUAUCUCCAGCUCAUCCGUGACCCAGUGGACCGACGUAUGCGCAAGACCUCACAGGGGUCAAGUCGACACAGUUCCUGUUCUAGUGAUAUAUACUCCUUAAACUCCAGUCUGCAGGUGGCACUUCCACCCCUCAAGCAGUAUGAAUCUAUCCAUUCCAUAGACUCUGACCACCAUCUGUGUCCAGAUGCCCCAUACUCCCCGGUUAACAGCAUUCCAGAGGGCUACGAAUUCGUCCCUUAUCCUUCCCAUCUCACUAGAGAUAAAACGGCCGCCCCUGAUGGGUAUGCUAUUGUCAAUGGCCCACCUAGGCGUGUGUCAAGCAGCAGUUCACAUGAUGGGAAGAGUGCUCCCAACAUGCAGUGUGUUCCAAACAGUUCAGUUCCCGGAGGAUAUACUCCAGUGAAUAUCCCCUCUAAGAGCGGUUUCUCUGAGGGAACAAGCAGUAGUGCUGAGGUGAUCAUCAGUUACCCGCGGGCCUCGGUAGAUCGUGGCUACAGUAGUGCAGAGGCACGCCUCUAUUACACGGGGCCUGACUCUAACCUAGCAAACAACCUUAAAAACAAGUCCAAACCUAUCUACCCCCACAUCGCUCUCACAGACAGCAGGAACUAUGUAGACUGUAACCGGAACAAGGCCUCCUAUCUCAGCCUCGCUUCUAAGUCUGACUGUUCUCACCUUACACAGAACUUUGACCCUGCCAAACUACAGGCAUACUGGGCCAGUAACAGUCGCAUCCCAGGGGGUCAGGACUCCAAGAUCCCUGGGGGGCGGUCCCGGGGGCAGGUCUACCCACUUGGAGAGGCCCUGGUGACAGGAUACUCAGACGUACAGGCCAGUCUGGUGUGACACAGGACCAGGGACAUCUCAUAGGUGUAACGCAAAUAAAGGAUUGAAUCACAAGUGUUUAUGACAUCAGGAAAUGUCAUUGGUGUUUAGUGGACAUAGAUAUGUCUCAAAAUGAUAUAUUAGAUGAUAGGGACAUCUCAAAAGAUUAUAGGACAUUAGGGAUGUCUCAAAUGAUAUCUUUAACAUUUACUCAUUCACCCCUGAAGACACAUGUGAACCCUUCCAAUUCAAAUGUUGGAAUAGUUCAUUAUGAAAUAUCAGGGGGGAAGAGUAAAGGUUAUCUCAGAAGUUAAUUUAAGACAUAAAUGAUAUCUCAAAAUGCUACACAAAUACUCCUAUUUGUAGCUGUGACAUUAGGAAUGUCUCGAAAUGAUGAAUUUGACACCGAGAUGUGUUAAGCUCAAAAGUGUUACUCUUAAAGAGUGGAACAAUUUCAGAAUCAUGUGUGUGAAAUGUUGUAAUUUUAUGUUGAUAAGGAUCAUGUCUCGCUGUUUACCAGAUAGGUUGUCUCCACAUCCACGACAUAGCUCAGCCUAUUUAGGUUCCUUCAUGUUUUACUGUGUGAAAUGUUGUAAUCUUAUGUUGAUAAAGAUCAUGUCUCGCUGUAUACCGGAUAGGUUGUCUCUACAUCCACGACAUAGCUCAGCCUAUUUAGGUUCCUUCAUGUUUUACUGUGUGAAAAUGAAUGCCACAAUUAUGAUUUAAUAACACAUUACCAUUUUAACUAUUUCCCGGAUGCUGUAUAAUGUUACCUGUCAAUCAAACUGUUGUAUGUGAUUUGUUGAAAUGCACUGUUGACCUUUUAUUACAUCAUAUUUCAUGAAAACAAGUGGUCAUAUAGAAAUGUCAGGCUAUCAAAGAGUGGAGCGUUAUUUUUAGAAAGUAUUUCAUGUUGAAAGAAGUAAGAUGAAAGAUUCCACAGUAUUGCCAAACAAUUAGUGAAACCAAAGAUUCCCAGAGUCGUGGUGUAAAUCAGUGUUCUGUUAGUCUUAUUAUAGUCUUAUUAUAAAUAGUAGUCUUGUUCUAGUUUUUUUUAAAUAAUACCUGUAUCAUCUACUAAAUUACCCAAUCAGAAAAAGGUGUUUUUUCUCACUGCCCGGUUUAAAUUUAAAAAAAAAACCAAAGUUGUCAGUAAUUGUAUUCAUUCUUCAGAAUUGUAACGUAAGGAGUUAUAUGCACAAAGCGAGGUAAAUGUUAUCUAAUGCUGCAUAGUUUAGGUUUGAACAAAGAAAAGUAUUUGAUCAAAUCUUUAUGUAUAUAUACUUACAUAAAUAGGUUGCUUACCUCUGAUUCACCAAAGCUACACAUAAAUAGGUUUAUUUCCUGUGAAGGUUUAUGGGUCAGUCUGGGGUCAUUAAGUGUUAGUUGGGCAUAUCAGUCCGUAGUUAACCGGCCCCAACAUUGCUGGCAGAGUGACGUAGCGUUCAGACUUACCUAAUGGUCUGGGAGUCGACGUCUAUAUAGCUGUGAGGCUUUCACAAGUAGAAGACAAUUCCAUAGAAAUGUAUCCUUUUAACCUGUAUAUAUGAUCUUACACAGCAAUACAGAAAUCAGAUGAAGCCAUUUUCAGAUUCUAUUGUACAGUUGAAACCAUUUAAAAGUUUCCAUUUGCUAAAAUAGUAUUGAUAUAUAUAUAUUUGUGAUUGUUGUACCUUGUUAUGACUUUUGUCUUGUUGAUAGUGUUGAUGAUGUUGUUUUUAUGAUAACAAGUUUAAAAGAGUCCCAUAUUAAUGUACUGCUCAGUAGAGUAUAGCUAUUGUCCAUGUUUGUUUAUUAGGUGUGAACCUGAUCUUAAGGUGACCUUGACCUCAAUGUUAAUGUCUAAGGUGACCUUGGUUACUGUGUAUCCAAGGUGACCUUGACCUCCAUGCUUUACUAUGUUCUGUAGCCAUUCCAACUAACACUAAGCCACCACAGAAGGGAGCUAACUGUCAAAAACAAAGCAGUUAUAAGGAAGAUAAGGUCACUCCAAUACAUUGUAUAAGAAAUGCAUUGUUAUGUUGAAGAUGGCCAUGGCAUAGCAAAGGUGGCCUUUGUAUAUUUAUUUCCAAUUAGUAAUGCUGCAAGAUAGUAGUUAAUAACUUCACUAGGAACUGAGAAGUCAUUAGUCAAUGACAGUCAUGGAAUGGUAAGAUUUACGAACAUGGAGAAACAGAGUUGGAAUGGCUGUAAAGAUGUAGUUAAUAAUACUGAUAGCCACACAGUGUGACUGAUGGGUUAGAAUGAUGCUAUAGUCCAUACACGUUUUGUUAGGCAUUUUCCUGACUUCUAGUUGUCUGUCCAUUUACAAUAGCUAGGAGUAAUAAUUAACAAAGAAAAAUAUUUAUCAUAAUUUCCUUUUUCACAUCUUGGCUCCCCAGAUAUCCUGAUGAUAGAGCGGCGAGCUUAACCACUGCGGCAGUGUUCACAAUUCUAGUUGUGUAACAAAAUGUCGCUUUUCUGGAACACUAUCAGCAACAUUUUCGAAAUGUUUUAACUCCGUAAGAAGGCUUGCAACCUAUAAUUGUCUUCAAUCCUUUAAAUCAGAUAUGAUGACACGGUAAAUUGAAUGUUGGUCAAGUAUCUGACUAAAGAAGUUGCUUGUUUAAAAUACUGACUGGAGUUGUAUAGUGAUAGUCUAUUUUUGUAAUAAUGUGAGUGAAAGCCUUGUUAGUGUGUCGUGUUACCCCACUAUCAAAGCCUUGUUAGUGUGUCGUGUUACCCCACUAUCAAAGCCUCGUUAGUGUGUCGUGUUGCCCCACUAUCAAAGCCUUGUUAGUGUGUCGUGUUUCCCCACUAUCAAAGCCUCGUUAGUGUGUCGUGUUCCCCCACUAUCAAAGCCUCGUUAGUGUCGUGUUGCCCCACUAUCAAAGCCGCGUUAGUGUGUCGUGUUACCCCACUAUCAAAGCCUUGUUAGUGUGUCGUGUUGCCCCACUAUCAAAGCCUUGUUAGUGUGUCGUGUUACCCCACUAUCAAAGCCUCGGUAGUGUGUCGUGUUACCCCACUAUCAAAGCCUCGUUAGUGUCGUGUUGCCCCACUAUCAAAGCCGCGUUAGUGUGUCGUGUUACCCCACUAUCAAAGCCUCGUUAGUGCGUCGGGUUACCCCACUAUCAAAGCCUCGUUAGUGUUUCGUGUUACCCCACUAUCAAAGCCUCGUUAGUGUCGUGUUUCCCCACUAUCAAAGCCUCGUUAGUGUGUCGGGUUACCCCACUAACAAAGCCUCGUUAGUGUGUCGUGUUACCCCACUAAUAUCAAAGCCUCGUUAGGGUGUCGUGUUACCCCACUAUCAAAGCCUCGUUAGUGCGUCGGGUUACCCCACUAUCAAAGCCUCGUUAGUGUGUCGUGAUACCCCACUAUCAAAGCCUCGUUAGUGUGUCGUGUUACCCCACUAUCAAAGCCUCGUUAGCGUGUCGUGUUACCCCGAUAUCACAAAGGUUAAUUAUCAACAACACACCUGUUGUUCUAUUCUUUUGAGAUUCUAAUAUACAGAACUAGGAUGUCAGUUGAUUUGUUAUCUGUAAUAAACAGAUGGUGUUUUAUUUCUAGCUGUCCAGUCACGAGUUGACAGUCAAUAGGAGGGCCAACUUCACUGAUUACUAGUCCAGCCAUUCAGGGGAAGUGAUGGAAAUAGGAAAUAUUAAUUUGAAAUAAGCAAUAACAUAUUUUGCCCUCUAAGAGAUUUAUUGAAGCCUUUAUUUAGAUCAGCCCUUGAACCCUUGUUUCGCCCAAGUGUCCAGUAUAGGCUAGGAGCAGGGUCCAAACCAGCAAUUUUGUGUACAUUUGUUCACUUUGACCAAAUCGUUUACGGUUAUCAUUUUGUUUUUCACCAAAGUUCAUUUAUACCCAAAUACUAGAUAUUUACUAGACAUACAUUUUGUCGAUUGGUUUCUCAGCAGAUAUGUGUUUUUCAAAAUAAUAGAAUCAUAAAAUCAUGAUGACAGUAGAUAAAAGAAGCUGUCAUAAGACUUUGAUCUGUAAUUUUGAAGGAUUUAACACACAAAAAAUCUGCUAUUUGAAAAUUACAUUUAAUGAUAUUAAAAAUUAAAUAAAUUAAAUAAAAUUUGAAAUGCUUUUAAACUAAUUAUAUUGUAAGUAUCAGUUGAAGUUUUUAUUUCAGGAAGAGAUAUUUCUUGUACAAUAUAUUGCUGAAAGAACAGCAUUCCUGAUACAUGUAUAGUCGUGACAGGUAUUUCAGAGCACUGGAAUUGAUCUCAAGGAUCAUCGGUGCCUACAAGUCUCUUGCCGUCUCACAGCUUAUGUACAGAUUUUGUUGUCAAUGUUAUGUUACCAUGUUUACCAGGUGUUUUUUUUAAUCAUUACAAUCUUUAUUGAUUACAGAUUAUUUUAUGAUUAAAUAAAGGAUAACGUUAAAUUUUGAAAAAUGUUGUUUUAUACUUUUCUAAUUUCCCAAUAUCAUGGACAAAUGAUGGUACAUGCAAAGUUUCUGUAAUUGUAACCUUGACUUUCAACACUGACUUUCUACUAGUCUGUAGAGAUUGAUGUCAGGAACACCGGAGUUUCAUGAAAUUUGUUUAAAACCCUUUGUUGGGGUGGUAUAGACGCGACAUAUGUACUAGCUCUCCAGUAUCUUGUACAGGUUCUGCAGCUGUGAGUUCUUACAUACCAUCUUGACUUUCAACUGGACUGCAGAGAUUGAUGUCUGGGACAUUUUGUUAAGUUUUAUAAAACUUUGUAAAAUGCAGUCGGACAAACCAGAUGUUGACAGACCGUGCUACGGACGGAUGGACAGGAUGACGCCAAUAUACGCUUUGCCAAUGGCAGACUUAUAUAUAAAAAGAUUGUACAAGUUAUGGUACAGACAAAAAGUUACAGGAGGAAGAUGAAGAACAUGACAGAAUGAAAACACCAUGUCUCCAUUCUCAUGAAAAGGACAUAUAAUUAAUAUAAAGAGUACACGCAAAACAUAUACAUGGUUUUCAUUGUGUAUUUUUUUUCAAAACAUGUUAAAACGUAUUAAAUUUGAUCAAUACAUGUAUAAAGCUGAUAACAUUAAAUGAGGAUAUUUACAUACAAACAAGUGCUUAUGAACACUUGAAUCAUCAUAAUACAAACUAACAAAUCCCCUUGAGCAGAGUAAUUGUUUGAUCUACACUCUCAGCGCAGAAAACAAUAUUGUAUAACAGUGAAAAUAAGAAAUUCCCGUGAUCAAUCAGUGCUGUAUUUUGAAAUAUUGGCUAAAACAUUAAAUCAACGAAAAAUUAACUUCAUGGAAAUUAUUUUUAUUUUCAGUAACAUGUACGUUGAAUGGCACAAAUUAUAUAUGAAGAAGAUAUUAAAUAUGAUGGACUCUCUUCAGUCAGCUCUUCAGCCAUACAUACAUAGUAUAUACCACGACAUUUACAGAAUAACUAGUAAUUUCUACAACAGGUUAUAAUAAUGAUGUUACAAUGUCACACCAUUACAUUAAUAACAAAUUACUUGCGGAAAAAAAAAAGAUAUUUUGAGGCUCACUACCUGAGGUAUAAGUUUGUACACUUGAGUGAGUACUAGACUACUCUAGUACACUGAAGUGACUAGAAUCUAAUGUGUGUAAGGAGCGAGACGGGUAAUGCACUACAGAAAUAAAAAUGAAGACCGAGUAACAAUCACAACAAGUUUACAAAUACCAAACAAUUAACCUCCAAACAUACCUACUUUUGCUAUUAAUUGAUUAAUAAACAAGAUGUUUGGAAUAGAUCUUCUCCUAAACAAAACGAAAUAAGAUGUAUAAUGAUAUCAAUGUUUUAACGCCUUUCCUGUCCAUGCAAGCAGAACUUCUGAACAAAUUCAUAGGACUGCUUAAAUCUAAAAUGCUGUCAUAUUAUUUGAUCAAAAAGAUAAAAA